AUGAGGGAGUUUCGAGAGGUCUUAUCAGAUUGUCGCUUGAGGGAUUUGGGUUAUGUAGGGUCUCGUUUUACUUGGAGUAAUCGUAGGGGAGAGGAGGAUUUAGUGAAGGAAAGGUUAGAUCGCUUUCUUGCUAAUUCUUUGUGGUGUGAUAUGUUUCCAAAUCUUCGAGUAACACAUGGAGUUGCAGCCUAUUCCGAUCACAUUCCAUUAUGGUUGGACACUGAAGGGGCUUUGUUUAGAAGGAGAAGUAGGCGGUUGUUUAGGUUUGAGGCUAUGUGGGUGGGAGAAUCUGAAUGUUCUUCUAUUAUUGAGAGGAAAAAUUUAGCUACUGCUAAAAGGAGGCUUCAAUGCUUAGAAGAGAAUGACUCUGGACCACAUCGUCUAGAGGAACAUAAACAAGCAUGUAUUGAGGUUCAGAAAUGGCUUGAAAGGGAUGAGUUAAUGUGGAAGCAAAGAUCUCGGGUAAAGUGGCUCAGAGAAGGGGAUUGUAAUUCCCGGUAUUUUCAUUCUAAGGCAUCCACUAGACGAAGAAAGAAUAGUAUUAUGCAGUUGCAAGAUGAGUUUGGGAUUUGGCAAAAAGGGGAACAGAUGGAUGUCUUAAUUACUGAAUAUUUUCAGACUCUUUUCACUGCUGCAGACCGGGUGGAUAUGGAGGAUGUUCUUUCGGGUGUUGAGGCAAGAGUCACUGCUGAGAUGAAUGUGGAACUGUUAAAACCUUAUGUUGCUGAGGAGGUGGAGGUAGCUUUAAAACAGAUGCACCCUUCUAAGGCCCCUGGACCGGAUGCUUUGAAUUCUGGGAUGUUUCCGAGUGGCUUAAACCAUACUUUCAUUACUCUUAUCCCUAAAAAAGCUUCUCCUUCAAAGGUAGCAGAUUUCCGUCCCAUUAGUCUAUGUAAUGUGCUCUAUAAGAUUCUUUCUAAAGUCAUUGCUAAUAGACUUAAGAGAGUUUUGCCGGAUAUUAUCUCUGAUUCUCAAAGCGCAUUUGUUCCUGGUAGACAGAUUUCUGAUAAUGUUCUUAUUGCCUAUGAGUUGCUGCAUUUCCUCCGUAAUAAGAGAAAGGUCAAUGGGAGUCCUAAAGGCCCUAUUAUUCCUUCUCGGGGCCUUAGGCAAGGAGAUCCGUUAUCACCAUAUUUGUUUCUUUUGUGCACGGAAGGUCUUAUUUCUUUGCUAAAAAGAAAUGCUAGUAGGGAAGGGGUGGAUGGAAUAAGGAUUUGUAGAGGUGCUCCUAGAAUAAAUCACCUGUUAUUUGCGGAUGAUAGUGUCAUAUUUUGUAAAGCUGAUGUGAUUACGAAUGUGAAGAUCCAAUCUUUGUUGAACAAGUAUGAGAGAGCUUCGGGCCAAUGUAUUAAUAAGGAAAAAACUUCUAUGGUCUUUAGCAAAAAUGUGAAUGAUGACCUGAAAAGAGAUAUUAUGCAAUUGUGGGGUGGCAGCUAUACACAGCAGUAUGAGAAGUAUUUAGGGCUGCCUCCCAUGGUUGGGAGGUCUAAAAAACAAGCUUUUUCUGAUAUAAGGAAGAGAGUGUGGCAGAAGUUACAGGUAUGGAAGGGGAAUCUGUUAUCUCAAGGGGGUAGGGAGGUGCUCAUAAAAGCUGUAGCUAUGUCUAUUCCUACUUAUGCCAUGAGUUGUUUUUUGUUUCCUAAAACUUUGUGUCAUGAGUUAGAGAUGAUGAUGGCAAAAUUUUGGUGGGGUGAUCACUCUCGGGAAAAUAAAAUUCAUUGGUGUAGGUGGGAGAAGUUGUGUGUUUCAAAAUUCCAAGGUGGGAUGGGCUUUAGAGACCUGCAUCUAUUUAAUUUAGCUCUUCUGGCUAAACAAGGGUGGAGGCUUUUAAGGAAUGUGGAUUCUCUUUUUUACAAAGUUUAUAAAGCCAAAUAUUUUCCGAAUUCUUGCUUAUUUGAAGCCAAGGCUGGUGCUAAUUCAUCUUAUGUUUGGAAAGGAAUUUGGGAAGCUCUUGACUGUUUGAGAAAAGGUUGUAGGUGGCGUGUGGGGAAUGGGCAAACUGUGCGUAUUUUUAAGGAUCCAUGGGUACCGGAGUGUCCAAAUGUUUCAGCUCUGGUGGAGGUUGAUGAAAACUUAAAGGUUAAUUCUUUGAUAGAUGGCAGCACGGGUUGGUGGGAUGUUCAUAUGGUGAGAGCUCUAUUCAAUCCAAAUUUAGUUCAACAGAUUUCAAAACUACAAGUUUCCAUAGAUGCUGAAGACUCCUUGUAUUGGAGUCAUGAAAAGAAUGGAAAUUUUUCUGUUAAGAGUGCUUAUCGAUAUCUUCAGCAUAAUCAAUAUCUUUCAAAUGGGCAGUCUUCUAAUGGCAGAUUUGAGACUGUGUUUUGGAAGUCUUUAUGGCAUCUGAAACUUCCUAAAAAGAUGAAGGUUUUUGCAUGGAGGGCAUGUCAGGAGAAGCUUCCAACUUUCCUGAAUCUGAAGAAGAAACAUGUAUUGGAUGAUGCAACUUGUGGGCUAUGUAAUCAAGGUAUGGAAGAUGCUGCUCAUGCUUUGUUUUUUUGUUCGGAAGUAAGGAGUGUGUGGGGUGUUUUCUGUUCUCAAAUGGAUAAUAUGCAACCUGAUCUGUCUUUCUGGGAUCUGGCAAAUUUAGCUCGUGUAAGAGGGUCUGAUUCUCUGCUGGCCAGAUUUAUAGCUAUAACAUGGGGACUUUGGUAUAGAAGGAAUAAAAGGAUUUAUGAGGAUAUUUCUAUGCAUGUUCAUGUGUCUGUUAAUAAUGCUCUUUCUUUGCAACAAGAAUAUGCACAGGUGCAGUUGUUUGAUGUUUCAAAUCAGAAGAUUACUAAGGUAGUACGAUGGCAUCCUCCUCCAGAUGAUUUUCUGAAACUGAAUAUUGAUGGGGCCACCUUUCCUGAAUAUUCUGUUGCUGGGAUUGGGGUGGUGUUGCGGGAUCAGCAGGGGGAGGUUGUCGUGGCCUGCUCUAAGGUAGAAAAAGAGGUUUCUUCUGCUGAGUUUAUUGAGGCAGUUGCAUUUCUCAGAGGGCUACAACUGUGUACUCAAUGA